GCCUCAUAUGAUUUUUGUUUGUCCGGCCCGGGGCUUCCCCCUUCCGUCGCAUCUCCGUAAGCGGCCGACCCUCGUUGCCCGUACAUCACCGUCCGCUUCUCCCACCCCAAUUCGAAGAAAGAGAGGCCCCUCCCCCCACAGGGUUUUUUUGGCCCUCCAACUCUUCUCCUUCUUGUUCUUCUCCCAGGGUUUUGUCCCCAAUUUCUUGUUUUCUUAGAGAGAUUGGGAGAUGGUGGGGCACGGGCAUGCGAUCCCGCUGGAGGUGGUGGGGACGAUGAUCGAGAUGGCGGACGUGGCCUGGAGCGCCCUCGAGUACCGCCGCGAGCGCAAGGCCGAGGCAGCGGAGGAGGAUGAUAUUGCCCACCUCAAGGCCGAGAACCUCCGCCUCCGAACCGUCCUCGACGACAAUCUUGCUGUCCUCCAGGGCCUCUAUAAAUCUCCCUCUGUAUCCAAAGAUUGCCCUCCCGAUUUAUAUACACGCCUUGUAGCUGCAGUGGACAGCUCGAGCUUCCUGGCCAAUCUUGAAUCACUUCAUCAGGAGUCAACAGAUUUACCAAAUGGCAAGUUCCCAUCUAGUGAAGCCACAGGGACAAAUUUAAAUGCUGUGGAAAUUAUGGUAGAUGUUGAUCAUGGAGAGCCUACUUGGUGGGUGUGGGUCACGAAUGAUAUUGUCCCAGAUUGCUUGGAGGAAGUAAGUGGAAUUGAUAAUGAAAAUUAUGUCAUCAUUAGUGAAGAGAAUGUAGUCGAUGCCAUUGCCCACUUCAUAGCCAGAUGCAUCCUUGAAAACCCAAAAUCUAAGGUUUUAACGCCAGAGGAGCUGCAGAGAAAUGUGACAACGGUUUUGGGUGGCAUUAAAGAUAGGAGCAAGUGGAGAAAUGUUUGGGAGGCUGGAAAAGUCAUUUACACCUUAUCGACCUGUGGAAUUGCUUUGGCAGGGUUAUACAGGCACCGGGCAAUAUUGAAAGCUGCAGCGAGGGGCGUUGGUGCAUCUGCCAACCUCGUCUUGAAGGUUGUCUAGAACUGCAACAACAUUAAAUCCAUCCACGCGGUUAUUGACUUCAUCAUGGAGUAGUAAGUCUCUUGUUCAGAAAAAAACAUGCUUCAUAGAAAGUUCUGCAAUGGGGUGUAACACUAAUAAUAAAUCCAUCAUGCAAUCGUUGACUGCCUCGUCGUUGUUUGCUUCAAAAUCUGUACAGCCUACAUCUGCAAGGUAUUUGUUGUGUAUUUAUUAUUCAUUAAGGUAAAGCCCAUGGAAGUUCUCGAUUUCUUGGCUUGAAGACUGCUAUGAAAUUUCAUCAAUAAAAAAAAUACAGAACUAUAAGAUGUGAA